AUCUUGACUUACAAUCAUCAUGGCGAAAUCGCAAUCCCUAAGCUGCUAUCGCUUGUCAGAAGGAUGGUCAUUCAAGCAGUCCGACGAUGCGACCAAGAAUGCGUGGAUGCCUGUCAAGAAGGUACCUACCAACGUUCAUCUGGACUUGAUUGAGGCUGGCAAAAUUCCAGAUCCAUUUCUAGGCUUCAAUGAGCUUCACGCAGAAUGGGUGGCGGACAAGGCUUGGACCUACAAAGUCGAGUUGCCUCAAGUGCAAGAAGCAAAUGAAGGCACCACGCAUGUCCUUGCGUUUGAUGGCUUGGAUACUUUCGCAACUGUCCGAAUCAAUGGAGAGACUGUUCUCGAAAGCGACAACAUGUUCAUUCCACAUCGCCUUGACGUGACCAAGAAGCUCAGACUUGGCGAAAAGAACAUUUUGGAGAUCGGGUUCGCAUCUGCGCGCCUAGAAGCCAUAAAGAUCAAGGAGAUGUAUCCAGAACACAAAUGGGUCGGUUUUAAUGGCGACAUGUCAAGGCUAGCCGUAAGAAAGGCUCAGUACCACUGGGGCUGGGACUGGGGCCCGAUCCUCAACACGUGCGGGCCAUGGCGCGAAGUACGACUAGAAACCUAUCAGGCAAGAUUUGAAGAUUUGAGAGUCGACUACAAGCUUGAGAGUGGCCUGAAGUCGGUGCAUGGGACGGUUUCUGCGACUGUUCAAGGAGUGUCCGCCGACAGUGUUAGUUUCGAUGUGUUCGAUGGAGAUAAGCAGGUCUUCAAAGAGACUGCAAAGAUUAGCAAUGGUGUAGCCACGGUUGACUUUCAUGUCAAUAACCCAAAGCUGUGGUAUCCUCAUGGGUACGGUGAGCAGCCUCUCUACACUGUUACCGCAACUCUCUUCGCAAACGAUGUAAAGUUGCAUCAGACGUCACGUCGGACCGGCUUUCGAAAGGGUGAGCUUAUACAAGAACCAGACGCUAUUGGCAAAAGCUUCUAUUUUCGUGUCAAUGGUGUGGAUGUGUUUUGCGGUGGUUCGGAUUGGAUUCCGGCAGACUCCUUUACUCCUAGAGUGACCGAGGACCAGUACCGCAGAUGGCUCGAGCUCAUGGUAGAUGGCUAUCAAAUCAUGAUCAGAAUAUGGGGUGGUGGAAUUUGGGAAGAAGACGUCUUCUAUGACAUCUGCGACGAGCUUGGUGUACUGGUGUGGCAAGAUUUCAUGUUUGGCUGCGGCAACUAUCCCGCCUUUCCGGACAUCUUGCGAUCAAUCAAGGAAGAAUGCACCGCCAACGUCACCCGACUCCGACAUCAUCCUUCCAUCAUCAUCUAUGCAGGAAAUAACGAGGACUACCAAGUCCAGGAAACCUAUGGCUUGACUUAUGAUUACGACGACAAGGACCCGGAGAGCUGGCUCAAGACUGACUUCCCUGCUAGAUACAUCUACGAAAAGUUGCUACCGGAUGUGGUUGCCGCGGAAAGCCCACAUGUACCAUAUCAUCCGGGGUCACCAUGGGGUGACGGCCUCAAGACUUCCAACCCCACAGUGGGCGACAUGCAUCAAUGGAAUGUAUGGCACGGCACGCAGGAGAAGUAUCAAAUUUUCGAUACCUUGGGCGGCCGGUUCAAUAGCGAGUUUGGCAUGGAGGCAUUCCCACAUAUUGAUACAGUGAGGUACUGGUGCACUGAUCCAACGCAACUAUACCCGCAAAGCCACAUGAUCGACUUCCACAACAAGGCGGACGGCCACGAGCGGCGGAUAGCGACGUAUUUGGUGGAAAACUUCCGCACCAAGACGGAUCUGGAGUCUUUUAUCCACCUCACACAGCUCUCGCAGGCCGAAGCGCUAAUGUUCGGCUACCGGGGCUGGCGACGGCAGUGGGGUCAAAACAGGCAUUGUGGUGGUGCACUCGUCUGGCAGCUCAACGACUGUUGGCCAGUCACUUCGUGGUCUAUUGUCGAUUACUUCCAGCGCAAGAAGCCGGCAUACUACGCGAUGCGCAGAGUCCUUGCUCCCAUUGCUGUUGCCGUCAAACGAGCGCACUUUGAUUGGAGUGUGGUACAUGCAAGAGUGCCGGCAACCAGCGAUUACGAGGUCUGGGUUGCGAACCAGAAGUUGGACGAGGUGGUAGCGACCGUUGAGUUGCGGUAUAUUAGCGUCAAGAGCGGUAAAGAAAUUAAGGAGAAGAUCGUCAAGAAGGAUAUCAGGCUCGUUCCGAACGGCACAACCGACGUUCUCUCAGGUACGAUCGACAACCGGAACGAGCAGCCGCACGUCCUAGCCGUACGCAUAUGGGUUGAUGGCGAGAUUGUCUCCCGAGAUGUCGACUGGCCACAACCUCUCAAGUACCUCGACUUUGACGACCGCGGUGUGGAAGUCAUACCCCGCGGAGAAACUAUCGUCGUCAGAGCACAGAAACCCACCAAGGGCCUCGUGUUCGAGGAGCGCUCGGGUGUUCUCGUACAUGACAGCGCGAUAGACCUAGUCCCUGGAGAUGAGCAGAUCAUCAAGGUGAGGGGCUUGGGACCGCAGGACAAGCCAUUGAGAUGGACGUAUCUGGGCAAAGACUAG